AUGUGGCGCCUAGCGACGGUACUGCUACUGCUGGUGCACUGUCUCGCGGUGGUGCAUCUUUUGGGCUUUAAAUUUGUCAACCCGUGGCCACUGUGUCCAGCGAACGACAAGCGGCUACUCUCACUGUUUAACCUGCUCUGCAACACAACACAAACGUCCACUGUGACCACGCGGGACGCCUGCUACGGAUGCUUCUUUAGGGCAGGGUCGCUCGCUGCCGGACCAACGCAGCUGGCCGCCAUCAGCCAGUGUGCUUCGCUGUAUCUCAUCAACACGAGCUAUGCCACCUGUGCAACGAAUCUGGCGGGCAUCGUCACUGGAUCGCGUCCCGUAAUCGUUUCGCCCACCAGCGGCACCACUGUCGAUUGCUAUUCCGGGCAUUGCGAGUUCGUCCAGUGCAUUAGAUGGAUAAAUGGGAACAUGCUGAUCAACCAGUGCAUUCUGCAAACGCUCGUCAAUCGAGACCUGAACGUGGAGGCACAGCGAGUCGGGUUCUACGUCAACACAACGUCCUGCAUUCUGGCCAGGGCUAGAUGCGAUCCGUACAACCCGAUCACGGGCCAGCUACAGCAGCCGCUAAACGUGCCUGCGGGCACAACCGGAAGGACGGGAUCGAACUCGCUCCAAAUUUCACCGACCGGUGACGUACGUAUCGUUUCGUUUCCGAUGAAAGUAGCCGUUGGAGAUGCGUUCUGCACGUCACGAACGAUGCUCGAUCAGUCAACGUUCGGGAAUUCCAUUUGCUAG